UGGGGUCACAAGCAGGGAGAGGCGGAGGAGGAACAGGCAGAGAGAGAGAGAGAGAGAGCCCAGCCCUUCAAUGCACGGCAGGGAACGGCAAGAACCAGAGGCGCAACGCUUGGCUUGAUUUAUUUCCCUUUUUUAUUUUUGGGGAGGGGGCUUGCAAAGACAAACGACGCUGCGGACAUGAACUGAUCGGAAGAGGCACGCACCACCGUGCUGCUGCUGCUGCUAUACCCCGAAUAUCCACAGCACACCGCCCCCUUCCUCCUCCUUGUCCUCUCCCAUAAGCCCUCCUUUCUCCCCUUUCCCCACAUUACAGCUAUACACACCCAACCCCCUCCCCUCCUCCUCCUCCGCCCCCCUGCCCCUCCACGAGAUGCACACGGAGAGCCGCCACAAAAAAAGGAGGAGCGGUGCCCAGAAGAAGAAGAAGAAGCAGCAGCAGCAGCCGCAGCCGCCGCCGGUCGCUGCCCUGACGCAGGAGGCCGCGCCGCCCUCACCGGCCAAGGAGGAGGAAGAGGAGGAAGAGGAGGGAGAGGAGGCGUCAGACAUGCCCUCAGUCCAGAUCAAAGCGGAGCCAGAGGAGAUGGAGUGCACGGCUGACGUCGGAGACGAGCGUUCCCACCAAAGUGACCCCGACGCAAAGACGGACGCGCGGAGCUGCAAGACCGAGCCGUACUCGCCGAGCCCAGCCGAGGACCAAACGGAACCGGUGGACCUGUCCCUGCACAAGCCUCGCUCGUCCUCACUGCCCACCGUCAACGUGCCCGUCAACCCCGCGCCGGGAAGCGGCCUGGCACAGCCUGGACUCACGGCCACGCCCGUCACCUCCAACGUACAGUCCAUAGGAUCCAUGGUUUUAUCGCCGGGCUCCAUUUUGGCCACGCAGGGCGCAGGCGGCCAACAGAUCUUGCACGUCAUCCACACGAUCCCGUCGGUCAGCAUGCCCAGCAAGGUGGGCCAGCUGCAGACCAUCCCCGUGGUGGUGCAGUCCUUACCCUUGGUCUACACCGCCGUGCCCGCAGACAGCGUGGCGGCCGCCACCGCGGCCAUCACCGUGCCGCUCAUUGGCAGCGACGGACGGUCGGAAGGCUCAGUUCGCAUUAAGCCCGGCUCGACGUCUCCGGUGGAAUAUCACAGCGACAGCGACGUGGAGAGCGGAACCGAGUCCGGAUCGGCGUCAAUCAGCGCCCAGAGCCUGGAUGCAGGGUCCAUGUUGGACUUGGAGCCAGCGGACCCCGACUCCCCAGAUGUCAAAAGGCGGCGGAUCCACAUGUGCGACUACGAAGGCUGCAAAAAAGUCUACACCAAGAGCUCGCACCUCAAAGCUCACCGACGGAUACACACAGGUGAGAAGCCUUACCAUUGCACCUGGGAGGGCUGCACCUGGCGUUUCGCCCGCUCCGACGAGCUGACUCGGCAUUUCCGCAAGCACACGGGCAUCAAGCCCUUUCGCUGCACCGAGUGCGACCGCUCCUUCUCGCGCUCCGACCACCUGUCCUUGCACCGCCGCCGCCACGUCAUGAUGUGAACUCCUUUGGAUUGAUUGUGGCUUUUUUUCUCCCGUCGCCUUCAAAACAAACUUUACAACUACAGUUCUCGGACUCCUCUUCUGCAGGAGUACCAGGCAUUCAUGGAGCUUGAGGAUUUCUUUUUCCACUCAUCCGUCGUCCGCCCAGACAUUUUUUCCCUAUUUUCUUUUUCUGGCAGGAAUGCGAACCUUUUCAAUGCAUUGGGCACGCUCGCUCGCUCGCUCGCUGUCUGGCUGCAGCACAGGCCGUGACGUAAGAUGCGUUUCCUUCUUGGGGUGCGGCAUUUCAUUGUUUAGGAUCCAAAAGUAGAAGGCUGGACGAGACAUUUUUUUGGUGGACGUCACCCCCAUCCCCCCCCCCCAAUCGCAGGACCGCCCUACCUAUUGAAUGCAUUUUUGAAGUUGUCACAUUGUAGCACAGGAGAUGACGUUGGGUUUUUUUUGCCUUGGGUGCGGCAUUUGAUCAUAAAACUAGAUGUUUGGACAGCCGGGUCUCUCUUUUUUUCAAUUUCCUAACGCUGAUAGAUUCUUUUUUGUUGCAUCACAGGAGUUGAGCUUUUUAUAUCCUUGGGGGUGCGGUGUUUAAUUUUUAUGGUCUAAAAGUAGUUUCCUGAACAAGUCAUUUUGUUCUGGAUUUCAACCCCCCCCCCCCCCCCCCCUUUCUUUUUCUUUACCCUUUUAAUGCAUUUGACAAGUUGUCUCGAUGCACAGGGAAGGUUGGACAGUGAUCUCAUCCUUGGGAUGUGGCGUUUCAUUUUUAGAUGGAAAAGUUAACACCCUGAAUAGCACAUUUUGCCAGGUGAAUGAAAAUGCAAAUUUGUUGUCAGGCAUACGAUAUGUCGUUCUUGGGGUGCGGCAUUUACUUUUAGAUGAGCAAACGGCUUUUCGCAAUAGGACCGACCGAGCGACCGCCCAAGUCCAACUGUGUUAAUUUUGGCAUUGUUCAAAGUGGUUCACUGCAGCACAAGUCCAUUUUUAAUCCAUGAAGCGCGCGGCGUUUCAUUUCAACUAUGAGGAAAAAUAGACUUCCAGACGACGGACGACAUUUCUCAUGUCUUUCAUUCGGGUCUUCAUCGUAAGCAGAAUUUCCUACAGUAUAAAUUGACACAGAGUUCACCUUCGGUGUGAGCCGUUUCCUUUUGCCAUCGGGUUUUGGGACACUCCUUAUCAAUUCAGGCGCGCUAUGACAACUGUGAACUUUCUAAAGACUUUUCCCAUCGCAUUUUUCGUUGCAUAUCCUGCACACACUUUAAGAAGAAAAAAACAGUAUUUGCGUGUUAUCGUUGAGGUUUGUCUACGCUUUUCCGACCCGUGUGGCAGAGUCUGGCUUUUGUCGUUUUGAACUAUUUCUAGUCUUUGGUCGUCUUUUAAACGCUGUGAAGUAGUGGUCGGCGGAGAAGUUCAAACCUUAUCGCAGGGAAAUACGGGAACUUUUACCCGACUUUGCCAAGUGGUCGCGCAUGUUUCUUUUUUUCGUCUGCAUGUUUUGCGACAAAUACAUCAUCUGAAUUUUUAUUUUUUUUUUACUUAACGAGUGUGCAUUCUGGGCACGUUGAGCUUGAACCGAAGUUGGGGAUUAUAGGGGGGGGGGGGAGCUUUCAAUAUUGGGGAGGGGAGAGUGGCGACUAACAACAUUUUGAAAAGUAGGUCACGGGAGCGAAAAUGCCAUGUGAAUUUCCGGUCGGAUGAGACAAGAAACUACGUCCAACUUUGACGCAUAAAACAUCCGAACGGAUUCUUGUUCGGAGGGAUUUUUGUUUGCGCGUUUCCCGCCUUUUUUAUUUGGUCUGACUACAAGAAGAAAAUGGAAAAAGCACAUCUUUCUAGAAGAGUUUAUGCAUUCUUUUGUAAACAUUAAGGAUAAAGACGGCAACAACAAGAAAAAGAAAACAGAGUUGAAAAAAAAGAAUCCGUGUACAUAAAUGUAUAUAAUUAAAAAGUAAAUGUAACGGGUGGAGUUCUAUUUUUAACACUGACUAAAUAAUGUGAACCCCUUCCCUCUCCUUUUUUUUUUUUACAACUUUUUUUGUAGUUUCUUACAAAUGACAAUAAUAAGAAUAAUACUAUUGGUCCCAGUUGUGUUGUGCAUAUUUGUGUUGCAUGGAGAGUUGCCCUCUUGUUUUCAACAAGUGACGUUGGCGAGCAUGUCGCCGUGUGUGUGUGUGUGCGUGCGUGCGUGCGAAAAAGCCUGGCUUUUUUGAGGAUACAAAUAUGUUACCUAUAAAAAGAAAAGAGUUUGAUAUGAUCACUUCUGCACAAAACCUUUAAGGAAAGAAAAAGUUCCACAUGGGUACCGAUGUUUGUUUGAGCAACAGCAAGCUAGUGGUUAGCCCUUUGACGAUUUUGUGUGCCAAUUUGUCCAUUUUUGUUUUGUUUCACAUUUUUCUACAAAAAGAAGAACGUGAAAUAAAAAAAGAAAAAAGACACAUGCUAAAAUGCUAGCAUGCAGCCACAAGUGACAAAACUAUUGCGGUGUGUUCAAUCAACGCAAUCAUUUCUAUUAUUUUGAAUUCUAGCCACCAAAAGCUAACAAUUUGGGGUACUGAUUCUGUGUUGAUUUUGAUGGGCUAAUUAGCAAUAAAUGCUAACGUUUUAGAAACCAGGCUUGCCUUCUGCUCUCAAUGAUCAAAGUCUUAUCACGCAAAAAUCCCCAAAAUAGACACUCACCGUGCUUAGCUAUACCUGCUAACAUAUGUAGCUUCGAUGAAACUAUUUCGAACAAUCAUAAAUAGCGUCCAAAACCUUGUUGUUGUUUUUUUUAGCUGAUGAUAAUUAUCUUUUUUGGGGGGAGGGCUUGUUUAGCUAGCCUAACCUAUUCUGUAUGUUUGACAAACCUAUUUUAAAAAGUCAAAUUUGAAUGGCCACUUUUGUGCGUCUUACUCGCUCGCCAUCCAUCGCCACUUUUAUCUUGGACGUUUUCUUAACCCCUCCCUGAUGAAUGCAGUAAUUUUUAGCGGGCCAGUACUCUUUAUUUACUCAGUGCAAUGCAGUUAUUAUGGUUAGAAUAAUAAGAAUAAUGAGAGGAAUAUUAUAAGAAUAUUUUUUUUUUGUAUUUGUGUACAGAACAAAGAGAUGUAAAGAAGGAAAAAAAGAAACGUGAGCUUUUUGAUACUGUGAUUCUACUCUGGUGUUUAAAAAGUCCUUUGUUUUUCUCUUCUGUAUACUUGUGAUGAUUACUCCUCAUCCUCCUUCCUUCUUUUAUAGAAUAAACUUGUUUUUGGUGCAAUUUA